GCACGCAAAUAUCGGCCUGUUUUUUACCUGCAGAGUAUCUGGGCCACGGGGUUGUGGUGUGUUUGAACGCAGGGAGAUGUAAUGCAAAUGGAGAACACGCAGGGUAGGAAAAGGGCUGAGGAAGAGGCUCUCCUGCACCGCCGGAUUCAGCAGGCGGAGGCUGAAACCGUCUCGAGAAGACCAGAAAGAGCUGUGCUGCUUCCAGAUGUGCUCUCGCGUGCCAUGCCCAGCGUUACACCCAGGCCUGGCACCGGCGUCGCUGCGCCUGGGGACAUCUCCCUUCCUGCUGAGCCAGCGUUCCCCCUGGGACGGACGCUGCCGCAGCCCCGCAGCGGGUCCGGACGUCUCGGAUUCGCCUUCGCCGUCUGAUUUGUGCAGGUCGAAGGGCAAAGCGAAUUGCCUGGGUGAUGGCUGUGAGCUGGUCUGAUAGGGGACUUCAGACUUUAAUUUCCAAAUGAGGACAACGCCCUGACUGACUCAUCACCACUGGUCCAACAAAGCCCUUGCAGAGCACCUGGUGAAGCAAAGGAGGCCUUUGGAAAACACUGGGGGCCCAGGAUUUGGCCACCAAGAGGUCAUCUGUGGCCUUCACAACCAAGUGACGGGAGCAGAAGAGCUCGAGGGAACCUGAACCUGCUGUAGACGGAGAGUGGCUCUCCAGUUUCGGAGCUUGUCGCCACGUCUGCCCUUGGGGUUGUCUUUUUUAGGUUAAACGUGCCCUGUUCUUCCAAGCUGUCUGGUUCCUCACCAUCCUCCCCUCGGCUCUGGACCGCUUGCUGGGCGCUUUGGCGAAUUAGCUCUAAAACAAGGAGAAACGGACUCCUUUGCGAGGCGAUAAGAGCAGAUGAAACAGUAAAUCAUUAAGCCAGCGCAGUGCACGGUAUCGUAAUAAACAUGCCGUGGGGCAAAGUGCGUUAAUUAAAAGUGAGCGGGGACUCGGGCACGUUAUCGGCCUCCCAGAUUAGACGACGGAGAAACAGCACGUUAAGAAGCCAAAGCUGCACUUUCUGGUGAUGCCCUAUAAUUUCAGCUGGUGGCAGAGCGCUCUGUGGCUACGAAUGCCAACAUCAACCGGAUCUUGAGAUUAUUUUUUGCCCAAAUGUGGUAGAUUGCAGAUCCAAGAAGUUAUUAGCGAUGGCAAACUUCAAGGGUCACGCACUUCCAGGCAGUUUCUUCCUCCUCUUUGGGCUCUGGUGGUCUGUGAAAUACCCACUGAGACAUCUCAGCCAGAAAGCAAACAAGAAGUCCCACAGAAAUUAUUGUUUGCAGCGUGUGGAUGCUAUUGAAGGAGUAGUCAAAAUCAUCUUUGCUCUAAUAGGGAUGCUGGCGGAGCAGUUCGUCCCCGACGGCCCGCACCUCUAUCUCUACAGCGGGGAGAAGCGCGACUGGGUGAAGCUGAUGAACUGGCAGCACACCACCAUGUACCUCUUCUACGGCCUCUCGGGGAUGGUGGACGUCUUCACCUAUUUCUUCCAGGUGGUGCCGCUGGGCCUGGAUCGCCUCAUGCUCUCUGCGGCUGUGUUUGUUGAAGGUUUUCUCUUCUAUUAUCAUGUCCUUCACCGCCCCAUGCUGGAUCAGCACAUCCACUCCCUGCUGCUCAUCGUCGUAUUUUCCGGGGCCUCCAGCAUCCUGCUGGAAGUCUUCCUCCGCGAUAACAUUGUCCUGGAGCUGUUCAGAGCUGGUGUCACCAUCAUCCAGGGAACGUGGUUUUGGCAGAUCGGGAUCGUGCUGUUCCAGCCGUGGGGAGGCCCGAUGUGGGACGAGGAAGACCACAGCAACAUCAUGUUCCUCACCAUGUGCUUCUUCUGGCACUGGGCGGCUGCUGUGCUCAUCCUGACCAUAAACUACACUCUCACUUACUGGUGCACUCAGAGGUGCCGGAGGAUCGGCGGAGAGCCGUACAUCGGCCUCGGGGUGCGGAAGCAGAAGUGCAACACGAGUUCCCACACCGCUUUCUUAAACGGAUCCGAUGAGGAGUGAAGAGGGUGCAGUCUCAGUUUCCAAAUAGUUAAAGAAUCAGCUUUCCGAAAGACAAAUCAAAGUAAAUAUCUAUAUUUUAGAACAACCGAGGAAGGUACCACCACUGAGGUGCAUGGAUGGUAGCCACCCGUGCCAGCACGUGUUUGGAACAAGCACCAUUUGCAACGAUUUUUAGCAACAGAUUUCAGUGCAGAAAUUCAGCAUUGCAAGAUGACUUUGCCCUGCGGGUUCCCACGUGUGUUUCCUUUGGCCAGCCGAAUUUUCAAAGCGCCUCACGGUUUGACCGCGGUGAUUGAAGUCAGGUUGGGUGCUGUGACACCUCCGCAGCAAGGCAGCCUCCCAAGCAGGAGGAGCGAAAGCGCAUUCAAUGCUAGAUUACACCAAAUUCGCAACGUCCAAGUCUGAUCGUGCACAACACAAAUUUGAUACCAAAGCUUGGAAUGAAAGGGAUUUUUUUAUAAUUUAUGUUCACUGAAAGGCUGAAAGAGACCAGAAAUGUGAAAUAAAAAUCCUCAUUGAGUUGA